AUGUCGGACUCGGGUUCAGAGGCUGACUCUCGAGCUGAUACUGUCGGAAGGAAGCGCAAGAGAGUUACUGGCGUCGACUACUCGAAUGUCACGACAUCGAUACAGAUCUCCGAUACCGAAGACACAGAUACCUCACGCCCUUCAUCACGUAGGAAUAGCGAAAAUCAUGUUGUGUAUGGCUACAAAGAUUCUCCGACCAAUGCCCCUCUCGAAGGUCGACCUCCCAGCCCGGGACUGAGUAUUGAAGGUGGCGAAGUGGCAGCAUCGACGCCACGUUCAAAGGAAAGCGGCGAACUGUCCAGUGAUGAUGAAGAUAGUCCAUCAGAUCUCUGCUCACCUGGCGAAUCUAGCGGAGAAGAAACGUCGUCGCAUGUUGGUGACGACUCUGAUGAUGAUAGCAGAGAUGGUGGUUCCGAUCGUUCGCCCAGUUCAACCGGCAUGUCCAUCUCCUCGGGUGAUGACUAUGAGCCUCUUGGAACUGCUGACAAUCACAGCGACCGUACCGAUCUUCGCCUCCAAGAUGUCACUGAGUCCGAACAGAGCUUGCAUGCGAGACAUGCGAACCACUUCAUCGUCGCCAAGAGCGAUCUACAGUCCAAAGAUGGAGUUGAGACUGGAGAUCAGGGAAUCGAGGACACAGUUGAUGAUGGGUAUGGCUGGCAGAUGAAGCUGUUGGAUUCGCUACUGGAUGACGAACGAGGUUGACGGAGCAUGCGGGCGCUGUAGCAACAAUGUAAUACUGUACAAUAAUGUAGGUUUAUGAUUGUAAUCACUGUCCGACCAAGCCAUUCUUCGAGGUCAGAUGUGGCCAACGUCACCCAUCGAUGAGAGUCUCGCAUGCAAAUAUUUUUAAGCAAUAUUACUCUCCAUAGGUAUAUGAGCAGG